UGCUUGGUUGGUUACCUGUUCAAAAAUCGGGUACCAGUAUGUAACGAGGACACGCAGCACACAGACUCACAACAAAUUACUUGGCUUUUUCUACAACCGUAGAACUUCCUCCGCCUUCUCCUCCUUGAUAGUUCUUGAUCCACAAACAGGGUUUCAAUCUUAUAAGUUUGUGAGAUUUUGGCGAUCAUGAGUUCUGGUGGGUAUGCCGUAGAAGUCACGGGCUUGUCUCCCAAAGCAACAGAGAAAGAUGUCCAUGACUUCUUCGCUUUCUCUGGUUCCAUCGACCAUGUCGAAAUCGUCAGAUUCGGUGAAUGUGCAUGUACUGCCUAUGUGACCUUCAAAGAUUCGUAUUCUCAGGAGACUGCUUGCUUGCUCAGUGGUGCCACAAUUAUUGAUCAAGCUGUUUGCAUAACCCGCUGGGGGCACUAUCAAGAUGAAUUUGAUUUUUGGAACAGGCCCAGGCAUGAAGAGGAAACUGAUUCAUCUCAUCCACAAGGAAGCCAGAAUGUUCCUAGUGCUGGAGAAGUGGUGACUAUGGCUCAGGAAGUAGUCAAGACCAUGUUGUCCAAGGGAUUUGUGCUGGGAAAGGAUGCAUUGGCCAAGGCAAAAUCAAUGGACGAGUCUCACCAAGUUUCGGCAACUGCAGCAGCUAGGGUGACUGAACUGAGUCAGAGAAUUGGCCUCUCUGAUAAGAUUUGUGCAGGGGUUGGAGCCGUUAAAUCCGUGGAUGAGAGGUAUCAUGUAUCAGAGAUCACCAAAUCGGCCAUAUCGGAGACGGGAAGAAAAGCUGCAGAAGCUGCAACUGCAGUGGUGAAUAGCAGCUACUUUUCUACGGGAGCUCUUUGGGUGUCAGAUGCUCUAAGCCGAGCAGCUAAAGCUGCUGCUGAUUUGGGCACUCAGAAUGUUAGGCAGUGAGGUGUUUGAUAGUCAUAAACUCUGUUUUUGUAAAUAUAACAGAAAAUUGGAGCCAGUUAAUAGUUUGAUACCCUUUUGUGCUGAUGGAUAAUGGGUUUACUCAGAAGAAAUAGAAAAUGUAAUGGGGGUAAAUAUGGUGGUUUGAA